AUGACUGCUGUUAGAUCUAACUGUUCUGGUGCUAUUAAUACGAAGAACAAGAAAAACAUAUCUAUUGUGUGUUAUGGCCGAAUGCAGCAUGAUAACACACACGAACAGUCUAAUGAAGUACAGUUGUUAGUUCAGGGUACUAUUGAAAAUAUUACUGGCCUAACAGUCAGAAAAGUUGAUAAGAAUCUGCUGAACAUUAGUUGGACUCCUGUAUUUGCUUAUGAUGGUUUAAAUCUGUUUUAUGAAAUUCACCUAAAUGAUACUGCUCGUGUUCUAUCUAGAUCUAGUACAUCAUGGCACACUUCAGAAUUAAACCCUUGUGAGGCAUAUCUUAAUAUCUCUAUUACCCCAUUUAUCAACACAACUGAAAACAAAAAUUUAACGGGUACAACUAUAUACUGGGAUAAUAUACCUACAGAUGCACCACCUAUUAACACUCCAUUAAAUUAUACCAUCAUAAUCGAAGAGAGUGGAUCUGUUCGUAUGAAUCUUUCAAUCAAUAUUUGUGACUGUCCAGCAAUACCAAGCAAUAAGCUCACAUUGAAGAAUGAUACCUAUUCUUUCUCAGUGACAGUACCAAUAGUACCUAACAGUACUUGUUCAAGCACUGCUAGUGUAGCACUAUCAUUAUACAUGAAUCUUGAAGUUGAUAUAGUGUUGCAUAAUAUAAUUGGAUCAACAAAGCAGAAUAAAAGAAUAUUAAUAGGUUAG